ACCCGCUGAGAGAUGGACUUGGCAGGCGUGCUGCUGGCGUUGCUCCUCGUGCUGGUGCUGGUUGUCUCUCUGCUCUCCAACCUCCUGGUGCUGCUAUGCUUCGUCUACAGUACGGAGAUCCGCAAGCAGGUCGCCGGGGUUUUCCUGGUGAACUUGUCCUUUUGCAACCUGCUCCUCACCGUCCUGAACAUGCCUUUUACCCUGCUGGGGAUCCUGAGGAACCAGCAGCCCCUCGGGGGCUGCGUCUGCAAAGCGGUGGGUUUCCUGGAAACUUUCCUGACUUCCAACACGAUGCUGAGCAUGGCAGCACUCAGCAUCGACAAAUGGAUUGCCGUGGUGUUCCCCUUGAGCUACACCAGCAAGAUGCGGUAUAAGGACGCUGUGAUACUGAUGGGCUACUCGUGGCUCCACUCCCUCACGUUCCCCUUGGUAUCCUUGUUUUACUCGUGGGUAGAUUACAGCAGCGUUUAUGCCUCUUGCACCUUGCACCUGAAGGAAGAGACGGAGCGGAGAAGGUUUACAGUGUUCACCAUCGUCUUUCACUCCACCAGUUUCAUGCUGUCACUGGUGAUCUUGUGUUUCACCUAUUUAAAGGUGUUGAAAGUUGCCCGGUUCCAUUGCAAGCGGAUAGACAUUAUUACCAUGCAGACUCUGGUUUUGCUGGUGGAUAUCCACCCCAGUGUGAAGCAGCGCUGUCUUAAUGAGCAGAAACGAAGGAGGCAGCGGGCUACCAAGAAAAUCAGUAUUUUUAUAGGGUCAUUCGUGAUCUGUUUUGGUCCUUACAUUAUCACCAGGUUAGUAUUGCCUCUUGGGGCGGGGAACUUUCUGGGACCUUUAUGCUCUCUGAUGUGCAGGUGCCCGGCAGGGACUAGAGCUAAUUUUGGGGUGCCAGAGCCCGAUGGAGACCCAGGGCCAAGCCUGCCUGCACACCCAGCCUGCUGGGCGAAGCCUUGGCAGCCUCUGUCUCUCCUUUCCUCGUUGCAGCCAGGUCUGGGAGCCUCUUGCCAAGAGCAAGAAGCUUUUAGGACGAGUACCAGGAAUUACCUACAUGCCAGUGGGAGAUGAAAGCGGUUUAAAAGACUUGCCACCCUUCCUUAUUAGCACAAGCUGAGCGACAGGGAGGAAAGCAGACAGGUGCUUUUUUUUUAAAGGCAUAAGGCCAAACUUGCUGCUAUUGGAAGCUGAGGCGAGAUAAUUUAAACUUAUCCAGGCCGAUAAUUUGUCAGAUAAGCUUUGUGUCCGGAAACAUUAAUGUCUGUAAAUAUAUUGCUAAUGGGGCAGCAUGGCCUUGUGAUGAGGUGUGAGAGUUAUCUCCCAGGAAAAGCAAUAAUAAAAUGUAUAGGCAACACUGUGUUCCUUAACUGGUCAGAAUCAUUGUCAUCCAGCCAGGUGGUUUGCACUUUUUAAAAUAGUCAUGUAUCAUUCUCAUUCCGUACUUGCAUAGUCUUUAUACAGCAUAUGGUUAUUACUUUUAAGUCUUGCAUAAAUCAGUGAGCUGGAAGCCAGCGUAACUCUACUGAAUUGUAGCACCUCAGGAUUCACCCUUUCAUCUCUAAACUGAAACAGGCUACAUCUUUCACUAGUGAUUUUUUUAAAAUGUCUCCCACUUCACAGUGUGUUCAAGACAUACUUGAAGAGAACUGACUCCCGUCCAGGAAGGUUUACUAAUCUUUGUAAAACCACCCUGGUGAGGGCUUCCUCAAGGUUGCUGCCAAGCCGCCAGGGUCUGCAGCUACACCAGUUUACAGAAACUGGCCAGCUUUAGAGCACUGAUCUUACACAGUCACAUAUAUAGAGGCCACUCACGAUCACUGUAAUUGCCCUUUUCUUACAUGGGUAGGGGGACAGAUUGAGGCCAGUGCACAAAAUGGCAAUGUUUUUUAACCUUUAGGAUGACAUUUCUUUCAGUUCCCAUUUAUAUGUUGAAAGGGAUUCCUAACUGAUUGCCUAGAUAACUGCAUUUUUUUUUUUCUGCAGUUGAAAGGAUUAUUAUAAACAUUAACAUUACAUCACAGAGUUAAAAGAUUAAUUGAUCACUGUUCAGUACAUUCUGAGUCAUUUUCUGUUCACUUUUGCCAUAAGCAGGAUAUAAUUAUAUUGAGCAAAGUGGUUUUACCAUCUUCUUUCCAUCCGAACAUUACCAAGCUCAGCAAAUUCCAGCAUUGCCACAUUUUUCAGGGUGAAGGUAUUUCUCAUAAACUUCUAAAAUAAAAGUGACUUCCUUUUUCAGACCUUGCAUUUGGCAAAUGUGAGAUGGUGCAUUUUCUAGGUCUGACAAACUGGUGCCUCAUGUGUCACUAGAGAGAAGACUGAGGGUUGGUUUGUAUAAGUGUGUGUGUCAAGGUACAGCUGCUGUCUCAGUCACAAACACCCGAGGUGGUUCAGUGACAGCAAGAUGGGAAGUAUCUGGGGAGGACAUCCUCAAAGGCUCUUUGUCCCAAUGGCAAGACAGUGUCCAGGCAGCACUAGAUAAAAGGUGAUGGUGGUGAAGAUGUUGGAGGACUUGCUGCUGUGCCCAUUUCUCCAUUUUUCCCCCAUUUAGUGCCACCCCCUCUGUUUUUCAGAGGGGUGGCACUAAAAUCAUCUCUAUGGAAGCAAUGUGAGAGAUCUCCUCCUCUGUUUUCCUGCUCUUUGGCCCGGUGACUCAGUUUGUGUUGUGAGCUCAGUAUUUGCUCCUCAUUUCAGAAAUGUGAAUGAGAUUAUGAUCAUUAGCAAUAUAUUCGUCUGUUCACUAAGAGCCAAAAGAUGAAUUUCAUCUUUUCUGUAACAGCACUGAAAAGAAGAAAAUGGUACUAAGAUGCAUUCAGAUGGGUAUUUCUAAGGCUGACUUGAUUCGGCCAGGCCCAUUAUCUUAUUAAAAUCUGUGUAAUUUUUCUUCUGUUGGCUUCAGUGCAAUUAUGCUUGGGCCCAUAAUACAUUAAAGGAACACAUAGUAAUGUGUCUGUUUUCAUGACUGAAAGAUAUCUUACUCUUCUUAUUUAGUGUCUUUGUAAAAACAUCAAUCGUGUAAAUAUCAAAUGUAUAUUUCUUGUAUUAGGACAAUAUACAGGGUGGGAUAAACCUAAGCAACCAUGCAGCAGGUGUCAUUUAUUGUACAUUUAUUUAUUUCUCACACUUUGUGUCUGGUAAAUUUAUUUGUCCCUCACAUUUUGUAUCUUUGUGUGCUCUCUGUUUUGAACUUACUGGAAUUUUUUCCAAGCAGCUUCAAACUGAAGUCAUCAGAUUUUUAAAUGCACUUGCCAUAGGAAUUAUUUCACUUUUAUGCAUACAAAUGAGAAAUUUUCCUGUCAGAGUUGAACCACUUGUUGCAAUGUUCAGUCCUAGCGGUGGUAAGUCAGCUUUUCUGAGGGACUGGAACAGCUUCAAAAGUCAACGCCCUGCAAGUUGGGAGCUCUGCACUUUGGAAAGUGGCCAAAAGGUUCUUCAAGCCUUGAGAAAGCUUCUGAUCUUACAUCUUCAAACAGCGAUGUUUUAGGGUACAGAAAAGGGCUAUUUUAUUUCAUGGUACUUUUUUUUUUUUUUUUUUUCUGGAAUGAAUAUAACAAAAUAGUAUAUUCUUGCUCCUGCCAAAGGUUUCACAAAAGAUGUACAGAUAAUAAAAACUUCUCACCCUGUUCUUUCCACCUUCCUGGAGAGUUUGCCCACUGCAGAUGAGCUAUAUGCCAGACGUUUGCUGGAAUAGUCUGAAGGUUUGCUCUCACUUCCGUGGAAAAAUUGCUUAACUUAGUUGCAGUUUCUGCACCCAUGAUUAAUACACCCAUCUCAACUGAGGUGCUGAGGCCACUAAUCAUCCAUGAAGCACAGACCGGGAGACACAGGUCUGGAGACAGCUGGCUGGUCAUAUAAUGAUGAUAAAAGUGUUGUCUCCCUGUUUUCUUUGGCCAAAGUAGCAGUCAGCCAAGUGUACACAGAAACCUUCAUGGGUAAGUAGAUGCAGUUGUGCUCCUAAGCAUACUAUAGGAUUGCAGGUGCUGCCCAAAUCUCUCUGAGAUACUGCUGUGUUGUUCAUACUACAACGGUCUAACCUGAAUCCUCUUUGCAUAUGUGAUAAUUCACAGGAGUGGCGGAAUGCAGGUUCACUGUUCUGUACCUGAGGGGGUGGAUCUAGACCAGGUUUCUGGUGUCAUUUGAGAUGCUGCAUAGCAUCCAAAACCUCUACAUAGGUUGGCAGAUAUGACACAGGAGCUGAAGGAGACCCACAACUUCCAGGAGCAGCACCCUGAAGCCCAGGGGGUUAUGCCCAAAUGUCUCAAGCGUCACUAGACAGCUGUACUUAGGCAACUGAGUUGAGUGAGCCUGGAUGCCCCAAGUCACAUGUGUCUAUCUCAAGCUUGCCAUGGGAGAGUCAAUUAUGUCGCCAAGAUUUUGUCCACUUACUAGCACAACUCUCUAAAUUCAGAAAGUGAGCAAUAAACUGCAGCACUUUCUUAUCUCCAAUGCCUGGGAGCAUGGACAUUGAAACCACACUUUUUCUCUCUUUCUAUAGAGGGAACGAUUGUUGUCUCCCAGUGGCUUUGCUAGAAAAGUUCCCUUUGCCUUUAUCAAAUCCAAGGAGUCAGGGCCCUUCUCCUGCAGGGACCGUGUGCUGUAAGAAAAUAAGUGAUACAUUAAUGUUUCAUGAAGCUUGAAUUUAGCACCAGGCUCAGUGUGAAUAUAACACUCAAGUGUUUCCAUCUCUCUUUAAUGUUUAACAGGUUGAUAGAGCUCCUUCCUUUUGUUACCAUAAAUUACUACUGGGGAAUUAUAAGCAAGUGCCUGACCUACAGUAAGGCUGCAUCAGAUCCAUUUGUUUACUCACUUUUACGUCAACAGUACAAAAAAGUUCUGAUCAAC